AAUUAUUGUUAUGACGCUAACUUUUCAAGCUCCUCAAACGUGUGCCGCCAAUAAGAAAUAAUACCUAUAAGACAUUUAAUAUUUUAAAUUUGAAUAGUUGAAAAUAAUGAAUACUGAAGAAAAUUGUUCAAAACGUGAUAAAAAUACUCCCCCGGUCAGUCCUCAUGUUACCACUAUUGACAAAAUGGAAAUAGACACUAAUGUUAAGCUAAAAGAAAAUGAUCUGGAGAAGUCUAAGGAAAUACAUAAUGACACGUCAAUAGUAAAAAAAGUAGAAAUGCUUUUAGAAGCCAUAAGUAGUGACGAGGACAUUGCUCUUGACAGCGAAGACUCCAGAAGUUAUGAACAGGACAGUGAAAGUGAAGUUAAUUUUAAUGAUGGUUCGGAUGAUUUUAAUAAACCAUUUAUUCCAUCUUUAUUUGAAGCAAAUCCGCUUAAGUGUAUUCAAGAUCCAGUGUUAUCCAUUUUUGAGUUGCAAAGACAGUUGGGAGAAAAUUCCAAAUGCAUAGGAACUUCUGAUCUAGUUGAUCACUUGAAAUGUUUACAAUUGAACAAUUCAGACAUCAACGAAAACUGGGUUACUAUUGUAGAGGAAAUUGUUCAAAUUUUGCCUAAAACAUUAAACAAUAUUUUAAACAUUCCAGAGUACCAUCAUCAAUUGUUUUCACUAGUAGAUGUAACACUUGAUUUUCAUUUUGCUUACAAGAACCAUGCCUCCAUGACAACACUAGUAUUACGUCACUUGAAGGUUGGUUUAAACUUGGUUGAAGUGUUAUGUCAACAUAGUGAAAAUUUGGCUGGGCAACUUAUUAAACAUCAUCAAGUUCAUGUUAAAUUAUUCAAUUUAUACUUUGCUGAACAUAUGUGUUUGUCGCUCAAAUUAAACAUUUUGCGUGCAUUGGAUUCCAGCCUUAAUGGAUCUGAACCAAUACGUUUGUUUUUGUACACAGAAGCAUUUGAUAAACUUAAUGGAUAUGAAACUUUGUUAAAAAUACUCGGAAUGCAAGAAAGACCACGUGUAAGUUUCUUACUAACAAGUAUUUUAAGAAAAAUACAUUUUUUUGAAUUAUUACAAAAAAUGAAUUCCAAAAUAAAUAUUUUGGAUAACAGCUCUCUGUCUUUGGUAAAUGAUUGUUUAUCAGAAAUUACAACAACUUUUAUAAAAGCUCCGAUUUUGAUGGGAUGUCCCAAAAGAUUUUUGCAAGCUCGUGCUCAGUUUGAACUCACGCCAGCAUUAACACAAUCAGAUGUUUACCCUACAAUUUAUAGACUUUUUGAUGAUGCUUCACUUAUAAACCGUAUCAUAGAACUGUUUGAAAUAUCUAAUGAAUCGUUGCGUUCGCUUGAGCACAAUCUACUGAAUCUUUUAUCAAGCUUGAUGAACUAUGAACAUGGUCUCAGAUACUUAGGAUGCAGAUAUAAGGAGUUGAACAAUCUAAUUAAAACUUUAAAUAAAAUUAAUUCUCGGUUUACAUUAAACGUUAUUUAUAGGAUGAAAGUUUUAUCGCUUAUUGAUUAUUUAAGCUCCUUUUGGGAGUGUAACAUAUUGCAAAAUUUCAAACUUGACCCAAUGGAGUCAGUUGAUGUUCUUCAUGAUAUGUUCCAAUUAACUCAAUCUCCAAUCGGCAAGCAGGCUGUUGUGUAUGUGUUAACGAUGGGAGACAAUAUAGAUGUGAUUAUGAAUUACUUUAAGUACAUGGAGCAAACUAAGUCAACAAGUGAAGAAUUACAUAUGUUGUAUUCGUUAGAUUUGAUGAAAAUUAUUUUAGAGAAUUCAGAAAACGUUAUUUACUUGAAAAAAUAUGGUCCGUCAUUAUAUGGUAUAGCUUGCAAACAUAGCUGUUUUAAUGAUUUAAUUGAUUGGACUUAUCCAGCAAUGGCACAAUCGGCAUUUUUCCCAGAUGACGUUUCUGAAUUGUGCAAUAACGUUAAAAACAAUGUUGAAAAUUGUUUAAAUUUUAAUAAAACACUUAUUACCAGUCUACGUAUCCUAAAAUAUUUAGCAGCCCCUAAUGAUGAAAUUAUAUUUAAAAGUACUGAAGAUUUUAUAGAACUUAAACAUAAGUACAUCAUACUGCAAAUGUAUUCAUUUGACAUGCUCAUAAAUUUGUUAAUGAUUGUAGAAAAAAUAUGUGAUUAUUAUAAACAACCUUCUUUGAACGUCUGGAAACUAGCUGGUGACAUCGGUACUAAAAUAUUGUCUAUUGUACAUCCAACAAUGGUGUUAAUUCGUUGCAUGUUAACAUUAUUAAUACAUAGUAGAGAAAAUUCAUUCAAUGAUAUAUCACCUAUUAAAAUAUUAUUGAAAUUACACAGUUUAAUGCAUAGUGUAAUCGAAUGCUCUCCUACAAUUCGAGAAGACGCCACCAAGAUCGUAAAAGAUAUACAUAAAACUCUUUUGACGUAUGUUGAAACUAAGAUUGGGUUUUCCAUGAUAAACGAAGUUAUCACAUGGACGUUAUCCAGUCCAUCUGUCUUCUUUCCAGGAAUGAUAAUGUUGUGUGAACUAUUGCCUUUACCUCUACCUAUUCAUUCUAUAAAAUCUUUAGAAGAUACUUCAAUUUCCACCAUGACUUCUUACCGUAAUUUGUGGGCAGAUCAUUUAAGUAAAAUCAACAGUAAUUUAGUUGAACUUGUUACCAUAAUGGGUAUAAGCAAUAUAUUAUUAGAACCUUUAAAAUGUUUAUGUGUUCAAAUAGCCGAUUUAAGCCCAUCUUUGAGUUUACUUAUCACACAGACUGUAUUGAAUGCACUAUUAGAUCCAUAUUAUGCUGAUUACUUUGAUAAAUGGUUAAACUUAUUAAGCGCAUUGUGUAAACAUGCUACAAUAAAAUCAACGGUUUUACAAAUAUUGUAUGAAAAAAAAUCUCAAGAAAAUUAUCAGAAACUCAUUCAGAAAAUUUGUGAUAAAAUAAAAGUUAACCAACAAGAAAGUGCUGUUUCAUUUAUGAGAUGUUUAUGUGAUGCUGAAAUAAUGGUUAAUAGCUGUUAUGAUGAAGUAAUGAUAAAUAAUAAUGUCCCGGACAAAUUAUUAUUUCUUGAAAUUAUCAAAGCAUUCAUAAGCUCAACGGAAACACUUACUGAUCUUUCUAGUCUCUUAGUAAACCUUAAGACUUUUUUGGUGAUCAUUAAAGUUGAUUAUGGAUUUUAUUAUUUUAAAACUGUUUUGGAUUUGUACCCAACAACAUUGUACAAUAUUUUUAAAAUUAUUUCAAAAAAAUGGAACAAAGAAGAUAAUAACUGUGUUAGUACACUGAUGUUGAUGGUUAAAUUAUUAAUUUCUUGUGUUAGUAAUGAUUCUCAGUUCAAAAGAAACCUAUUUAUUAGUUCUUCCGAUUUAAGAUAUUAUUUGAAUUGGGAUAGUCCCAGUGAAGAUCACCCGAUUUGUACUUUGAGAGAAAAAAUGCAGUCAGAAAAUCAUGAAUUUGUUACUAGACUUUUAGAGUGUAUUGAACUACUUAAUCGUAAUGAAGGUUCAACAUUAGAAUUCACUGAACCCCAAUUGCCGAUUGUUAAUUCGUUAACAACUUUGUAUGAGAAUCGACCUUUUUAUAUUCUAAACAAAACUAAAGAAGACCAUGUAAUUAUAAGUUCGAACAUCUGUGAUGACAUAACAGAUUUGAUUGAAUGUAAUGUUGAAAAUGUUUUAUUGGAUAUGCCAGAUUUCAAUAUUAAAGAGAAAAUGAAGAAUUUAUUUAGCACAGAUUAUUGUGUUGUUCAAUCAAAACCAGUUAUUCUUAAAGAGGAACAACCUAUUAAGAAAAAAUGUAUUGAAACUCCCUCAAAUUCAACUGUUGUUGUUACCCCUCCAACUAUGAAUCAUAAAGUUUUCAAUAGACUUGGAGCCGUUCAAAGACCGGAUACAUUUCGUAAUCAAUCACCAAAUACAUCUCGCCCCCCUUCAUUGCACGUUGAUGAUUUUGUUGCCAUGGAAACUAGAAAUGCUCGUCAGCCCCGAUAUAAGUUACCACCUGUACAACCCAUUCAAGAUCUAAACAUAACUUUACGAGAGAGACAAAUGGCAUAUGAACGGACCUACAAUUUAUUGAAUCCAUACAAGUCACAUUUGAGUAUGCAAAGUUGGCAUUCUCAAGUGAACACAUUAAAUCACCUAAGAGCCAGUUAUCACCAAACUAUUAGUAGUAGGCAUUUGGAACUUCAAAGACAAUCAUUAAUUGCAGAAUGGAGACAACUUAGGUUAGAAGCUACACUUAGAAAGAAAAGAGCUUACUCUAGAAGAUAAUAAUAAUAUUAAAUUUAAUUACAUUAGCAAGUACAAAUUUGGUAUAAAAUAUGCAAAUAAAAAAACAGUAUUUUAAGUAUUCUAUUUUUAAAUUUAAUUAUUAUAAUUUUAACGUUUAUACAAUUUGUAUUGUAUUAUAACUAUUUAGACUAAUUUUUUUAAAGGAAAAAAACCAAAAUAAUUUUUACAGUAUGUCAAAAAUUAAAUAUAUGAAUAACAUUUUUAUAUGAAAAUAUGUUAUGAACAACUUUUCUUGUACUUUUAAAAUCUUAAUCAUAAUUUAAGUGCUUUUUACACA